CAAAGGUCAACCUUCAACUUUUAGCGCUGUUUUGAGAGCGGACAAAUGGUCAAGUCAGAUGUAGAUAUUGCAAGUGUUGAGCUUUAUAACCUUCGCCCAACACUACUACAUGGAUAUGUCUUUCCAUUCAUUCUUCUAUAUUCUAUAUGGAUUGGAUACUGGACCAAUAUUCUUGGUUUUCAGGAGUAUAUGGAAUUUGGUCUCAUAGUUGUUGCAGUCAUUGGAUUUGUGCAAAUAAUAACUUGUCUCUGCUGUCACUGGUUUGUUGGAUUCAAGUGCUUUAUGACUUGCAAAAAACAAUCCAGCGUUGCGGCGUCUGAGUAUGUCAAAGUAGUUCCAACUCCUAACACAGGUUAUCCGAUGAUCGUUAAGAUUGAAAAACAAGAGGGUAGCUUCUCGGAACUAACUUAUUCCUUCCACUUCCAACGGUCAAAGUACACUUUCAAGACUGAUGAGAAAGACAGUUUUCAACCUAUCCAAUUUCCAGUCGAUUGGAACAUAAAAACGUACCUUAGUUGGAAAGGUCAUGAGACGAUUGAUCAACAGAUUGAGGCACAGCGUAAAUAUGGAUUAAACGAACUUCAUUUAGAUGUACCAUCCUUUGCUGAGCUGUUCAGAGAGCGUGCAACUGCUCCAUUUUUUGUCUUCCAAGUAUUCUCAGUUGGAUUAUGGUGCCUUGACGAAUAUUGGGUCUACCCACUGAUGGCUCUGGGUAUGCUGUGUCUCUUUGAGGCCAGUUUAGUACAUCAGCAAUUGAAAAAUUUAUCUGAAAUACGCUCGAUGUCCGAAAAGCCAUACAACAUCCAUGUUUAUCGGCAAAAGAAGUGGGUACGUGUUCGGACGGACCAGUUAAUAGCUGGAGACAUUGUUUCUAUAUCUGAAAAUGAUCAAAAGUUCUGCAUUCCUGCUGACUUACUACUUUUAAGAGGUACAUGUAUUGUGGAUGAAUCUAUGCUUACUGGAGAAUCAGUACCUGUUGGCAAAGAUCCUUGUGAGAUUCUUAAAGCUGAUGAACAUUUCACGUUCGAUGAUGGUCACAAAACCCAGAUUUUGUUUGGUGGAACCAAAGUAGUACAAUUCACUCCACCUUCUAAAUCUACAAAUUCUUUAAAAGCACCUGACAAUGGUUGUAUUUGUUUUGUACUUCGUACGGGUUUGAAUACUUCACAAGGUCGUUUGCUGAAAACUAUAAUGUACAGUGUGAAGGCUGUUACAGCGAAUAAUGCUGAAAGUUUUCUUUUCAUAUCGUUUUUACUUAUUUUUGCGUUGAUUGCAUCAGCCUAUGUAUGGAUAGAAGGCACUGCUGAUCCUCGUCGAAAUCGAUAUAAACUAUUUCUUGAAUGUACUCUUAUUCUGACAUCUGUUAUUCCACAGGAACUCCCGCUAGAAUUAUCUUUAGCUGUCAAUUCAUCAUUAAUUGCAUUGUGUAAAUUAUUGAUUUAUUGUACUGAACCUUUUCGAAUUCCAUUUGCUGGUAAAAUUGAUAUUUGUGCCUUUGAUAAAACUGGUACUUUGACAGAAGAUACUGUUGUAGUUGAAGGAGUAACAGGUUUAAAUGAUCAACCAUCAAAUAAAUUAUUACAAGUGAAACAAUGUCCAUUAUCAACUAUUCAAGUAUUAGCUAGUUGUCAUUCAUUGAUUAAUACUAAUACGUCUGGUUUAAUUGGUGAUCCUAUGGAGAAAGCUAUGCUAGCAUCAACUAGUUGGUCAUUGAAUGAUCAAAAUGAAGUUUAUGGACGUACCAUACCGCGUAGUUCUCCAUUGAAAAUAUGUCAAAGAUUUCGAUUCGAUAGUUCACUACGUCGUAUGUCUGUUAUUGUUAGUCAUUAUCUACCGUCUAGUGUAGAACAAACUUAUUUAGUUUGUGUUAAAGGAUCACCAGAAACAAUUCGUCCUAUGCUUGUUGAUGCACCACCAGAUUAUGAAGAAGCUUAUUUAACUAUGGCUAGACGAGGUGCACGUGUUCUAGCUUUGGGACAAAAGUCAUUAGGUCAACUAACACAUGAUCAGGUCAGAGAUUUAACUCGUGAAUCUGUUGAAUCAAAUAUACACUUUUGUGGUUUUGUCAUUAUUUCUUGUCCAUUAAAACCGGAUUCAUUGACUGUGAUAAAGAAUCUUAGUUAUUCCAGUCAUCAUAUUAGCAUGAUUACAGGUGAUAAUCCACUGACAGCAUGUCAUGUAAGCAGUAUUGUAGGAAUAGUUCGAUCGAAUGUUCCUGUACUUGUAUUAAGCCCACCGAAUUCAUUGAAUGAACAAUGGCAUUGGCAAUCAGUUGAUGAAUCUAUUAUUCUACCUGUACAAGAUAAUAAUAAUAAUAAUAAUACAAAGCGCACAAUUGCACAAUUUAUUCAAAAUUAUGAUAUUUGUUUAACCGGUGAAGGAAUUGAUUAUCUUUCACAAACCAAUUGUAAUUUAUUACAACAAUUAAUUCCAAAAGCUAAAAUCUAUGCUCGUGUUGCACCGAAACAAAAAGAAUCUAUAUUAGUUCAAUUGAAACGUAUGAAUUAUAUUACAUUAAUGUGUGGUGAUGGUACAAAUGAUGUUGGUGCAUUGAAACAAGCUCAUGUUGGUGUUGCAUUGCUUAACGAAACCAACACAUCUAUUUCUCCUGUGGAAUCAACUGAAACUAAACAAUCAAGCAUUUUAUCUAAGAAUAUACGUCAGAAAAAUCAUACGAAUACUUUAAGUCGUUCUAAUCGUGGUGAUAUUCACUCUGUGAAUAAUCAUAAUAAUAAUAACAUUAACAAUGCUAAUCCAACUGUACGUCCUUCAUUCAAUUUAUCUGCACUAGAUACUGAUCAAGAAGUAUCAGUAGUUCGUCUUGGUAAUGCUAGUAUCGCAGCUCCAUUCACAGCUAAAAUGUCUUCUCCAAUUGGAGUUUGUCAUAUUGUUAUGCAAGGACGUUGUACAUUGGUGACUACAUUGCAAAUGUAUAAAAUUCUAGCUAUCAAUGCUUUGAUCAUUGCUUAUAGUUCAUCAGUUUUAUAUCUUAAAGGUUUUAAAAUAUCUGAUACUCAAGCAACUAUACGUGCAUUGAUUUUAUCAGCUUGUUUUUUAUUUAUUUCACGAUCUAAGCCUCUGAAAACAUUAUCUAAAGAACGUCCUAUACCAAAUAUAUUCAAUAUUUAUACACUACUUACAGUGUCUUUACAAUUUCUUGUUCAUUUCUAUGUGCUUUAUUUAUUAACUAUGGAAGCGGAAUUACGAAUGCCUAAAGUGGAUGAUGAUUUUAUCGAUUUACAUGCUGAAUUUAAACCGUCACUUUUGAACACUUUAGUUUAUCUUAUUUCAACUGGAAUGGAAACUGUUACAUUGGCCGUCAAUUAUACUGGUCAUCCAUUUAUGGAAUCAUUAAUUGAGAAUAGACCAAUGUUGAUUUCAUUGAUAGUUGCUGUCAUUGGUAUUAUUAUUCUACCAUUUGGUCCAUUCGCUGAUACAUUACAGUUGGUUAGUUUAGAUUAUGAUCUUCGUAUAUUCUUUUUCAAAGUAUUGGCAUUCGAUUUUAUUGCAUCAUUUCUGAUUGAUCGUCUGUUAGUAUUCAUCUUUGGUCGUGUCAAACAAAAAUCUCUUUAAUAUAUAUAUAUAUAUAUAUAUAUAUAUAUAUUUCUCAACAGAAACUCAUCCAUUCAACUAACGACAACAACUUUGUAUUCAAAACAAAAGUCAACUGUGUGCGUGUGUAUGUGCGGUGAAUGUGCAUGUGUGUGUGUUUCAUGCAUGAACAGUUAGUUGGUUCCGCGGUAUGAUGAUGAUGAUUGCAAUGUUAUCAUUAAUGUGUCUAACAGAGGAGAUAUGUAGGUUUGUGUAAUUUUUUUUAAGUUGUUGUUGUUGUUAAUAUUUUCAAUGGUUUGUACCAAAUUAAUACGUGCACACAUACUACUACUCAUAUUAUAUAAGUAAGCAUCGAUAAUACUUCAAUGUUAUACGAUGUGUAAUAUAUUUUUAUGUUUUGUUAUUGUUGUAUCACUUCACUAUUCACUAUUCACAGUGAAGUUUCUAUGCAAAGUAGGAAGUAUUCUUCUACAUGGUUUAUUUAUUGUUUCUAUUAUUUCUAUGAUUCAUGAUUGUUGACAUGGUUGUAUUUUUUUUAAUCAUUGUCAUCCUACAUACAAUCUUUCAUUCAUUCCGCCUUGAUAUUAUUAUUAAUAUUACGUCAUGUGUGUAUAUUUUUUUUCUAUCUUGUCUUUGGCUUUAUUGUUCGCUGUUGUUUUAUUAUUGUCUUACCUUUAUUUCUUUCAUUGUUUCUAUUUCUCAAUAUUGUUCUGUAAGUAUUUGUAUUGUGGUGUGGUGUUGUAUAUACAUAUACAUAUAUAUAGUGUGUGCGUGUGUGCGUGUACAUUGAACUCUUAUUUCAUUGUUUAUUGAAAAAUUAUUUGAUUGUCGGAUAAAUUUAAUUAUUGGAUAUUAUAAUAUAUAAAUCUUAAUGUAUUGUGUUUGUUUGUGUUUUUUUAAGCCACCUAUUUCUUACUUACUUCAUACAUGUAUUAUGGUCUUUUUUUUCUUUGUACAAGUGUCGGCUUUUUUUAGUUAUAAGUAUUACUACUAACAGGGAUUAGUAGUAGUAAUUGCUCGAUGACAAAAAAAAGAAAGAAAAUUACACAUUUGUUUCAGUGAUGUAAUUCAUUUCCUUUUCCAUGUGAAACACCGAUAUAUAUAUAUGAAUAUUUGUAAAUUAAUUAAAGUUUUCUAUUCAUUGGUAUGUGCUUAUAUGUGUGUGUGUUUGUGUGUGUGUGUGUGUGAAAAGAAGACUGUGCUACAUUGAUUCCUAUUUUCGUUUUUGUCAUGUUUAUUUUAUGUUAAUCCUUAAUUAAUAAAUAGUUUUAUAUGAUAA